CCUGAGGCAUGCAAAGCAAAUCUUUCCAAUGCUGGACUGUAUGGAUGAUCUACGCAAGAUCAGUGAUUUAAGAUUGCCGCCCAACUGAAUGUGCCAUGUGACUUGGUGACAGGAGAAGAGCGUGUGUAUGCCAGUGAAGAUGCCAGACAAGCUCCUCAUAUUGCUUGUACCAUCGAAAUGUGCAGCACUAAUACACCUUAUGAAGUUGCUGUGAUUGAUGAAAUUCAGAUGAUCAGAGAUCCUGCCAGAGGGUGGGCUUGGACAAGAGCCCUUCUAGGACUCUGUGCAGAAGAAAUCCACGUUUGUGGAGAAGCUGCUGCUGUUGACUUGGUGACAGAGCUCAUGUACACUACAGGGGAGGAAGUUGAAGUCCGAAACUAUGAGAGACUCACUCCUCUCACUGUGCUGGAUUAUGCCUUAGAAUCUUUAGAUAACCUCCGUCCUGGAGACUGCAUUGUCUGUUUCAGUAAGAAUGACAUUUAUUCUAUCAGUCGACAGAUUGAAGCCAGAGGAUUAGAAUGUGCUGUCAUAUAUGGCAGUCUACCACCAGGGACAAAACUUGAACAGGCAAAGAAGUUCAAUGAUCCUGAUGAUCCAUGCAAAAUUUUAGUUGCUACAGAUGCAAUUGGAAUGGGACUCAAUUUGUGUAUAAGAAGAAUAAUUUUUAACUCUAUAGUAAAGCCAGCUAUCAAUGAGAAGGGAGAAAAGGAAAUAGACUCCAUUACAACCUCGCAGGCUCUACAAAUCGCAGGCAGAGCUGGGCGUUAUGGCUCAUCCUUCAAACAAGGAGAAGUCACUACAAUGCAUCGUGAUGACCUUAUACAGCUGAAGGAAAUUUUGAGUGAGCCUGUGCGCCCUGUGAAGGCAGCUGGCCUACAUCCUACUCCUGAGCAGAUAGAAAUGUUUGCUUAUCAUCUCCCUGAUGCCACUCUAUCCAAUCUAAUUGAUAUUUUUGUGAGUCUCUCACAAGUUGAUGGGCAUUACUUCGUCUGCAAUAUUGAUGACUUUAAAUUUCUAGCAGAUAUGAUUCAGCACAUUCCACUAAAUUUGCGAUCACGAUAUGUCUUCUGCACUGCACCCUUGAACAGAAAAGAGCCUUUUGUGUGUACCACGUUGUUGAAGUUUGCAAGACAGUUCAGUAGAAAUGAGCCUCUGACAUUUGACUGGCUCUGUCAGCACACCAAAUGGCCAUUAGCUGCUCCAAAGAACAUCAAAGAGCUUGUACACCUUGAAGCCGUUCAUGACGUUUUUGACCUCUAUUUGUGGUUAAGUUACCGUUUCAUGGAUAUGUUCCCUGAUGCUGUCCUCGUGAGGGAUAUACAGAAAAAACUGGAUGACAUUAUACAAGUUGGUGUCAGCAACAUCACAAAGCUGAUCCGAGCUUCACAAUCUGCAGCUGCUCCUGGCACAGCAGAAGUUGUGUCAGAAGACUUUCCUCUUUCAAGGACUAAGAGGGAUACCAGGGCGGUUUCAGACCGUCAUUGUGCAAGGUCCACAGAGGCACUCUCUGUUGCAGUGGACGUGCCAGGAGAAAGAAGAGCAAAGAACUUGAAAGCCGCCUAUCGGUCUUCAACAAGGCAGGAGGAUCUGAAAAGCUAUGGACGUGGAUCUCUUGCCAACAGAUUGCUGCGUGAAGGACUUCUAACACAAGAAAUGCUCAGACAGCUGGAGAGUGAGUGGCAGGAUCAGCACAGGAAUGGUAGAUAUGGCCUUGAUUCAAAAAGAGAUGAUCAGAGUAGUUCAAAGGAAAUGGGGAAAAAGAAAAAGUAGAACCAUGUCCUAAUUCUGUUUAGUUUUAUUAAUAAAAUAAAAUACUAUUUUAAUAACUUCUUUGGCAUUUCAUGUUUACACUGCUACAGCUCCUUGAUGUUUUCCCUUCUCCUGUGACCAGAUACAUGAAGCAGUCAGAGAAAUGGACUCUUAAAAGCUCAGAGGCCAUACGUUUGCAUUUACCAGUCAGCUGUAGACUUUUUCAAUCAUGGUAUUCAGCAAAAGUCUAUGAUCUGCUGCUGUGUGAAAAUUUGAACUUGAUGUCUUCUUGCAAGAUAUCCUCACGUCGUUAAUAAACGUCACAUAUUUCACUAGUAAUGAAUUAGCUACUCAUUCCAUCCCUUCCCAAAGGGCAGAGUUUAACAGAUAACGAACAAGUAAUGAACAACGUGGCAGGAAAUUGGUUCAUAAUGGUGAUAGGAGUCAUGUGCCUGUAACCUUUGUGUGUGUUAAAAUGUGGAAGCAUUUGUGUUAAUGCAUUGAAGGAUGGUAAAAUUCUGGCCACAGGAAUUUUUGAGUAAAUUCCAAUUCUGUCAUCUGAGGGGUAAUUACUGAAACAAAGCAGAAUAUGUCCUUGCUCUUUGAAUUGUAUUCUUUCUUCUAGGAAAAGCUCAUCAUGCUGAUUCAGACAAAGUUUUGAGGGAGAAAGAAAAGCAAAAAAAAUUGGAUUAUGAUUUUUUGGGAGAAAGGAGGAGAUGUUAGAAGCAUAGGUGUAAUUUUAGUUACUUUUGAGAAAUUCAGAUGUCUGUUUCUCCUUGACUUUUCUAGUUCCAUUUAAUACAAAUUAUUUUCUUCUGUAGCAUUUCAUAAAUGUUUUUUUGCUUCACAUGCCAGUUUGUGAUGCCUGAAUUUUGAGAGGACACUUAUAAUAUUUUACUUAAGCUCACAUAACAGCUUAUAGUUUAAGUAACAGCUUCUGAGUUGAUAUUUGUGCCAGUAGUAUUUCCACAUACCUAGUUUAUCAUGGCUAUCAUAAACUGGAAAAGCUAGGUGCUUACUGCUGGUGAAAGGUUUAAUUUGUUGGAACUAAAUUUUCUUGAAAAGGACUUUUUUUUGGUUUUGUUUUUUUUUUCCCGAUGCAGUGUUGCUGAAUAAUAUUUAAGUGCACGACCAGGCUAUGGCUCUUUCAUAUAUGUGCAGGUGCUCUAUCAUUUGUUUUCAGAGUGUGAGCAAUGUUAAGGUAUGCUUUUGGGCCUUCGGUAGGGAUACUGGAGAGUGGAAAGAAUCAGAAGCAGGUUUCAGCAUUAGGAUGUGUUGCUCAGGCUGCCUGAGGAGAAUAGUGCUGCAGCAACUGUAUUUCUGGGGUUGGCUACAUACAAGUCUGCAGACCCUGCUUGUCUUAAUACUGGGAUACUUGUAAAAGCCAGGUUGAAUUUCACUGUAUCAAACACCUGACAUUCUAAAAUGAUCAGCCAAAUAUUUCCGCAGGUUGAAAGUUUGCUCUGAAUGCCCUUUGCUUCCUCCUGGUAUCAAUCCCUUAAGCUGCUGUUUGGAAACAAGUCUGCAGCAGUUUGAAUAAUGUUUUAACAGCUGAUUUCAGUGUAUUUCAUUAACUCUAUCCCCAUUAAAAGCAGACAGUGCUUAAAUGUUUCUAGUCUAUAUGAUCUCUUGCUGAUUUUAGUACCACACUGGUGUGGAGGGAAAGCCCCAGCUUUCUUUCCUCCCCAAAGAAAAACCAAGCAGCUAUAUGUGUGUGGCAGUGGCAAUGUGAGUAUCAUGAAUUUCCUGCUUUGUGGAUGGGUAAUUUUGCUUUGCUUUCUCAGAGUCCUGACAGUCUCUGCUUAAGAACAACAUGACUUGCACAGAAUGCGAGCUUGCAAUUAACCCUUACAAAUGUAUUCCAUUUGAUACUGUUCAAGUAGCUUGUGUGAUGUGGAUUACGUGAUUGAGUGGUAUCAAUUGCACUUGACAAGCUCAAUGGGAAGUUGUAGUUGCUCAAGCCUGCAGAUGGGUUUUAAAGGCAUGCAUUUCCAUUUACCUCUUGGACUGCAGACUCCUUCCUGAAUCUGCAAACCACUGUUCAAAACCACAGCUGUGUAAGGACAACUCCUCUCUUUUCUCUCCCCCAGUGCAUGUGGGGUUGGGUUGCAGGAGGCCUACAUUGCUACUGUACUUUGCUUCUAGUCUGUUUUGAUGAAUUUAUCCUUUAAUUGUAUGCUAAGUUGCAUACUAGUGUAUAUUUUUGGGCAAGGAAAGAGUGGCUGGGACUUCGGUGUAUAAGCCAGCCUUGUGUAUGAGCAGCAAGCCUUGCAAUAAGGAAGCUAAAUGACUAUAAGCAUUCUUUUUAGUAUUUCGCUGAGAUUAGCACUUGGCUUAACUCGGUGCUUGUUUCCAUAGUGACUCCAUAGUAACUGUUUUAAGAGCUCUGAAGUUUAUUCAGGCGUUUACAGGCUGACUUUUUAUGAAAGUUUUCUUUUCUUCUGAGCUAAUGGUGUGGCUGUCAUUGACUCCCAUUAGAAUGACUGCGAAAUUGGUCCCAUAUGGUAGAAUCUGGACUGGUGUGGGGCAAAGGUAUGCCAGCUGCACGUUUUUAACAUGCCCUGUGCAAGCAAGCCCCUGGGGGAGGAUUGAGCGGCCUCUUGCUCUUCUUCAUGGGGCUGUGCCAAAACCUUUUCUUUUUAAACAACGUCAACAACAGUGUUCACUUGAUCUGGGAAUCACAUUUGCAAAACUGUUCAUUUCAGGUGUUCAGAUUCCAGAUUAAUUUCAAGCAUUCAAGUCACAGAUGUUUAGAAGUUUAUUGAUUUCACAAUUACAUUUUUUGGUGUGUUUAUUUGUUAUGCGUCAUAUGUAAAAUGCUGAUUGUAACAGCACUACUUGGUAAAAGCCUAACUUCUCUAAAGCCAAUGUGCUCUUUUCUGUCUGAACUGUCUCCAUCUCUUCUAAAUAGCGUCUGUCCUUGGAGUGAAUUUUCCAGUCAGUCCUCUCAGGUUUUCUGCCUUCUUUUGCAGGCUGAUGUUGCCCUAGGAGAGACAUAUGCAAGGCAAAUGUGGGGACCCCUUUCUGUUCUGAGUUUUGAUGGAUUUGUGGGAAUAUAAUGAGGAAAAAAGCUGCUGCUAUUGGGAUGGUAAACGUGUUCAUUGACUCAUGUUCCAAGACCACAAAUUCGUUGGUCCUGGAAAUAUAAGCUAUAAUGUAGAGGGAUUUCUCUUAAUUAUUCACCUGUAGCCUUGUUUGUCCACUGUCUCCUUGUAAACCUGGGUGCCAAACCCAGCAACCAGGGUUGUCACUACCUCUCAUACCUCAUCAAAGAUAAAUGCAAUAAAAUGCUUAUUAA